CCUCCCACCCUCAUUUCAUACCCCUACUAAACAUUACAUUUUUCCUCUCUCUUUUCCCCCCUUCUUUUUCUUCCCCCUUUCUCCAACUUUUUUGGUACAUUAUUUGAUUUCCUACUCAAAAAAAAAAAAAGGUCCAUAUUAUAAAAAGAAUGGCAACUAUUUUUAAGAGAAAUAAUAGUUUUGGUUACACUAUGAUGGAAAAAGAAGACCCAGAAGAUAAACAUCAUAGAAAGGCGCAAUUUUUGAUUUACAAGACAUUGAAGCAAGUUGAUCAAGUAAUAGUGAAGAAAUCAUCAAGACCAUCUUGGUUAAGAUUGAGAAUAUGCAAAUUGAAGAUUAGAAUUGGUAAGAAAUUAUUGAAGCUAAGAAAGACUAUAUUGGUUAAUAUGGUUAAAACUAAGAUGGGUGUUUGUAAACAUGUUAUGGGUCAUCUUAAGAACUUUAAACGUUUGUUUCGAGUUGGUGGCCGACACGGUGGUGCCGCUAUCGGCCACCUUCCUCAGCCUUUGUUCACUUGAUUAUUUUCUUCAAUAAAAAUGGAUCACAAACUUAUGGUAAUUAAAUGUCCAAUGUAUGAGAUAAGUUCACCUUUUCUUUUCUUUUCUUUUUUCUUUUCUCUUCAUUGAAUGAGAAAAGUUACUACAUGGAAAAUCCAAUUACUUGUAAGAGAAAGGAUUAAUUUGCUCAAUUUCUCUGUUAAUUAUAUAUACACAAAUUAUAUUAA